AUGGCACCAAUCUACAACUCCGAGACCAAGGCCAGCGAGCUUGUGGCACACUACGCAUCUGAGAUCGCCGGGAAAAUCAUUCUUAUUACAGGUGCCUCUGCUGGUAGCCUCGGCGAGAGCUUCGUCAAGCAGGUCGCCGUAGGAAAACCAGCCAUCUUGAUUCUAGCCGGCCGCUCUGUCUCCAAGAUGCAGGGCCUCAUUGAUGAGCUCAAUGCCUCGCAUCCCACGGUCAAUGUCAAGCCCCUGCCGCUGAACCUGCUCUCUUUCACCGACGUUCGCAAAGCUGCCGAUACACUAAAUUCCUGGGCUGACGUGCCUCAAAUCGACAUCUUGAUCAACAAUGCAGGCAUCAUGGCCGUGCCUUACAAGCUGACUGAAGACGGUUUCGAAACUCAAUUCCAGACCAAUCACCUCAGUCAUUUCCUCUUCACCAACCUCAUUAUGGACAAGUUACUCGCCUCAAAUGCCCCGCGAGUAAUCUUCGUCUCCAGCGGCGUCCAUCGCAUCGGCCAUAUCCGUUGGUCGGACUACAACUUCAACGAGGGCAAGCAUUACCAGAGAUGGCUGGCGUACGGUCAGUCAAAGACUGCAAAUGCCCUGACGGCGCUCGCACUCGCCGAGAGGCUCGGCUCCAAGGGGGUCCUCAGUUUCUCUCUAUGCCCUGGAACGAUCUACACGAAUCUGGCAGCACAUGGACUCGAUGACCAGGCUUCCUUUGCCGCAGACCUCACUGAAAUGGACAAUAUAUACGGAAACAAAUGGUUGUGGGGGAUGGCCGAUAUGAAGUUCAAGACCUUGGAUCAGGGCGCAGCGACCCAUGUUUUUGCUGCGUUCGAUAACAGCAUCAAAGAGCACAAUGGCGCAUUUCUGUCUGAUUGCCAUGUUGCCGAUCCGUUCUUGGAAGAAGUCUAUUCCUGGGCGACGAGCAAGGUCGAUGCGGAGAGGCUGUGGAAGCUAAGUGAGAAGCUUGUUGGGCAAGAGUUUAAGUUUUAA